AUGACCUCAACAGCAAUGAUAGCCACCGGAGCAGUACUGGCCAUAGCCCCCGCUGUCGCUGUAACCCCCGUGUUGGCUGGCUUAGGCUUUGGUGCCGGUGGCAUUGUCGCUGGUUCAGCUGCCGCUGGUAUCCAGAGCGGCAUUGGCAGUGUCGUAGCAGGUAGCGCCUUCGCCACUCUUCAGAGUGCUGGUGCUGGGGGCUUCGGCCUUGCUGUUGUCAAUGGUGUUGUUCAGGCCGCCGGAGUUGUCGUGGGUGGCAGUGGUGUUGCUACCAAGCUCAAGGGCCAGGGUAAUGGAGACAACGACAACGGAGAUCAGGAGGAAACUGAUGGCACCCACGAUGGAAACGAUGCUGAGGAAAUGGUUUCUAAGUUGAAGAAAACCUGA